UUGUGUGGCUUAUUAUGAUACAAUAGAAGAUUUGUUUUAUUUACCAGAUGAAUAGACAACAUGAAUAAUGAUCUGUUCAUCAGUAAAACAGGAAAAAAUAGCAGAAGAAAAACUUCUUUUGAAGUGUUUACUGACUUAGCAGUCUGACAGCCUUAUCUCACUUCCUCAGCCAUGCUUUGCGAAUCAGCAGCAGUGACAGUUUCCAGCCAUUCCCACAUGAAAGCCAGUGGAAAGGGUGAUGAGGGAUUUCCGCUCCGUGACCUCGCCCUGCAGUGGGACAGUCACCACACUGCCUCUGGCAUUCUUUCUAUGAAGCACUGCAGUGACAGCUGAAGUUGCUUUCCAGAAGUCAUCUCAUCACCUGACAGCAUCCAAUACCUUAACAUUCCUUAGCACAGGCAACAAAAUACCUUGAAUUUCCUACUUUUCUGAGUUUUCCAAGCUGGUGGCAAUGGCAAAUUAUCUUGGAGUUACCUCAGCAGUGUCUUUCAUCUGGGUUAUGACGUUCCUGGCUCAAAAUUACUUUGUAACAGGUUCCAUUAAUUCACCUUGCAGGAUCAAGGGCAUAGGAAUUUAUCUUGAUCAGAAAGCCAAUUUUUCAGAAGCAAGUAAUGGAUGUAAUCAAUUCAACCUGGAGUUGGCAAGUAAAAUACAAGUUGAAGAGGCUUUGAAACAUGGCUUUGAAACAUGCAACUAUGGAUGGGUGAAAGAUGGAUUUGCUGUUAUUCCACGGAUAACAUCCAACCAGAAAUGUGGUCAGGGAAAAACUGGAAUAGUACAAUGGAAUGUUGGCAAGGAUAAAAAAUUUCAUCUCUACUGCUUCAAUUCCUCAGAUGUUCAGAUUAAUUCAUGUCAACCAGACCCAACUACAACCACAUUUCCUUUAUCAACUGCAUCAAGGGACUUAGCUGCAUAUUCAGCCUCUGAUUUGACUGAGAACAUCACAACAGUGCCCAGUGAGACUGUGACUGAGUCAGAACAAUUCCUGAAAAAGAGAUUCCGUGUCGUAUGUGUGACUGAAACGCUCUUACCAACAGAGGGGCCCACCACACCAAUGCCAGAGGAGCACUCACCCACUGACUCUCCCAGGCACACUCCCCACCUGGCCUUUAAGAAUGAUGCUGUUGUUUUUGGAGGUAUCCCCACGACACUUCUUGUACUGGCAAUCAUCUUCUUCAUUAUUUCUGUUGUUCUAGCAGUCUGUUAUAUCAAAAAGUACAAGAAAACCUUACCAUUUUUAAACAAGAAUCAGCAAAAAGAAACAGUUGUAACUACUGCUCUGAAAGAGACAAAAUCAAAUGACCAAACACCUGAGAAGGAAACGCAGAAUAAUGGAAAUAAGGUAGAAGAGUGUAAAACUAAGCCUGAGGCCACAGUAAAAUGUCUAGAAGCAGAAGUUUAAAGGGAAGAAUGUACAGUUCUUGAUGGAAGUAUAAAAUAAAGCACACAGAACUUAGUAGUGCUUUUAAACAUAAGUGAUUGUAAAUACUCAUAUUUUCUUUAACAUAUGAAACCUUGGUUUUUCAAUAAUUACAUCUUUGGCAACAAAUAUUCUUGCAGAAGAACAUGGCAUCUUAUUUACUUGAAAUAAAUUCUACAAAUCCA